UUUUAGAGAUAAAUAUUGGAUAAUCAGCAAUUGAGGUCAUGUCCUGCAAUCAUCACUAAGAAGUUUGUUAUCGAAUAUUUCGCGCCUCCGCCAUUUUGAAUCCAUUUGAUAAAUUCGCACAGAGAAAAUCAAAUAUCUCUAUACUUUUUCCACCAUCGGGCUGGAAUACACUUGAACCCAAAACAAACUCAACAUUCUAUUGAGGUAAUAUUAGGUGCUUCCGGUAUGACUGAUAGUUGGAAACAAAAUCUGUACACUGCCAAAAGUGCUUCAGAGGAACUUGAAUACUACGAGAAGACAGCCAGAGAGUAUGAAGAUGACUUCUUCAAGAAAAUGAAGUACUCUGGUCCAGAGGCAUGCAUGCAGUCGCUGCUUGAGUGUGAACAAAAACAUGGUUUUCACAUUCCCCGGGACUGUAAAGUGAUUGACGUGGGUGCAGGGACUGGUUUGAGUGGACUGGCCUUGAGAAGAGCAGGGUUCACUGGCCAGAUAGAUGCACUGGAGCCAUCUGAAAACAUGUAUGCUCUGGCGCUUGAGAAAAAUCUGUACACUCAGUGGUACAAAGACCUCAUUUAUCCAGACAAGGAAACGACUGUGCCUGCUGCUUCGUACGAAUUGGUUAUAUCAGUCGGAGUUUUCAAUACGAGAUCCACAACGAGUGGAUGUCUUCCCGAAGUAGUCCGAAUGGCAAAAAGUGGGGGCUACCUCUCCAUCCUGUUCAAUAAACACUAUUGGGACCAAGGAGGAUUCGAAGAUACUCUGAACAGUUUAGUAGACCAGAAGGUGGUAGUGCUUCUCUCUCUCCAGUUCAAAGGGGGCUACUAUGAAGGAAACACUGCAGUUUCAUUCGUGCUGAAAAAACUUUGAAUUGUGAAAUCUCGCCGAAUUUUUGUUUUCUGGUCUAUUUAAUGAUAAUUAAAAUUGAAAACAUCUG